ACUUCACACACGCAAAUCAUUAUUGCCCGAAGCGAAGACGCGGCUCUAGCCUAUUUUGCAAUACUUUAUCCUUCUCUAAACCCCUUUGGCAAAUUUACCAAACUGAUAUGGCAGCCUAUGCCCAACGCCCAAUCACUCGACGCUCUUGCUUGACCUUGGCAUUCUUCCGGACUCCAGAUACGCCUAGCCGGAUGAGAAAAACUCGUUCCAAUCUCAGAACCCCAUUCAGGGUAAAAUGACAACAAAACAGGAAGCUACUUCAUCGGCAACCAUGAGGAAUAUAAAUAUGGACCAUCCUUAAGAUAUGUUGACCAUUGUUCUAAGAUGCGGUCGCCUUUGUUUCUGUCAUCCUCAUUCCUACUUUUGACCCUGUAUUUCUCUGCACUUCGGGUUGCUGUUUCACUGGCGCCGAAGGGAGAGUGGACUUUCGUUCAGAAUGGCACAACAGGGAUCACUGGCUUAGAAGUGAUACUCGUUUCUCCAACACUCAUCUUGAUGUUUGAUAGGGUUCUCGGUGAUCCGCUCCAAAUAGACGGACACCAAGCAUGGGUUGAGCUUUGGAAUCUUGAAACUAACACGGGAUUUCCUCUUAACGCUAUCACCGACACUUUCUGUGCUUCUGGGGCCCUCCUUAGCAAUGGCACAAUGGUCAGCGUUGGAGGUCAAGCUUCAGAGCUCCCACCGGGAGUGACUGUACCACCAGAUGCUGAUGGUCGAAUGGGAAUCAGGAUCUUUGAGCCUUGCGCUGAUCCCGCGGGAUUGAACUGUACCCUUUUCGAGGAUCCUGCUACGCUGCAUUUAGCCGCAAACAGAUGGUACACAUCCGCAAUCCGCAUCUUCGAUGGCUCUCUGAUGAUCAUCGGAGGAACUCACGAGGAAACACCAUUCUACAACACGGAUCCGGAGAACUCAUUCGAAUUUUUCCCUCCAAAAGAUAAUGGCCAAACCAGAUUCUCACCAUUUUUGGCGAGGACUGUCCCCACAAACUUGUUCCCUCGUGGAUUCUCAUUGCCUGACGGCAAAGUGUUCAUCGUAGCCAAUAAUCAGUCCAUCCUUUACGACAUUGAAGCGCAAACAGAAACUAUUCUCCCAACGAUCCCUAAUGGUGUCCACGUCACAAAUCCGAUGGACGGAACUGCAACACUCCUCCCGCUCUCCCCGCCAGAAUUCAUACCAGAAGUCCUCGUCUGUGGAGGAAGCAACUUCAGCGAUGCGACCCCCUCUGAGGACCUGUCAUCUCAAGACCCUGCAUCGGACCAAUGUACUAGAAUCACGCUUACGCCCGAGGGAAUUGAGAAGGGAUGGAUCAUAGAAAGGAUGCCGGAGGGACGUAUGAUGCCUGAGAUGGUCUUGUUGCCAAAUGGUCAAGUACUCAUAACCAAUGGUGCUGGGACUGGCUAUGCAGCUGUUGCGUCUGUCGGCGACCCUAUAGGCAAUUCGAAUGCUGAUCAUCCAGUGCUCACACCAGUCUUUUAUGACCCUGACGCAUCUCUCGGGAGUCGAUUCAACAGAGAAGGUCUACCAACGACCGAUAUUGCGCGAAUGUACCAUUCUGGCGUAACCUUGACGCCGAGCGGCGCCAUAUUCCUCGCCGGCUCCAAUCCAAAUUCUGGUGUUGUUGAAAACGCUACAUUCAACACCGAGUUCCGGGUCCAAUUUCUCAAUCCCCCAUUCCUAUCACGCUCCCGACCAACUGUUAGUCGGAUUCCGGAAAAAAUUGCAUUCAAUGAGCCGUUCACCGUCGACAUUGAUAUCCCAAACGAUCUGAAUACCGAUAAUCUCAAAGUGGCUCUAAUGGACAUGGGAUUCUCCACCCAUGCAUUCCAUGCAAGCUCUCGCCUGGUAUUUAUGGAGGCACAGUUGACCGGGAAUAAGAAAUUGCUUACCAUUAGAGCACCUCCCAAUAACCGUGUUUAUCCUCCGGGUCCUGCGUACAUAUUUGUGACUGUGGAUGAUGUGACGAGUACGGGAACUAGGGUGAUGGUUGGUAGUGGAGCAUCUCCUCCGGUCCAGGACCAGGGUGUACCCCUCCCAUUAGCAUCCAGUGCAGCUUGAACACGAAGAACAGGGAGACACAUUUGAGAGUACAUGUAUCACAAAGAAUCUGUAUAACUAGGAAUACACUUCAUAUUUCU